CUAACACCAGCACUUUCCUGCAGUGGCGUAGUAAAUCGGAUGCACACAGGACAGAGUAAACACCAGAGAGAGGAAGAGAGGGAGAGGAGUAGAUUAUAUAACACUGCUCCUCUGUGGCAGAUUCAGCUCCUCAGCUUUAAAUAAUUCCCCCCUCUAUCUCUGUCUCUCCUCCGGCUGAGCGGCAGCGGCAGGGCUCUGAGUCGGACGCCUCUCCCAUCAACCCGGAGGAGCUGCACCCCUCCUCCCUCUCUUCCUACUCGCUCCUCCCUCUCUCUUCCGCCCUCCCACCUUUCUUCACUUUAACCCCCUUGCUCCUUUCUCCUCCUCCUCCUCUCCUCUCAGCUGUGGAUGCCCUCCUCACUUACAGUAUGGACUCGGGAGGGGAAGGAGAAGAGGGGUGGAUGGAGGACCAGUGGGAGAAAUGGUUGACCCAUGACAUCAGCCUGGAUGAGUUUGAGGAUGACGACCUGUCUGAGAUUACAGAGAUCACAGACGAGUGCGGGAUGAGCCUCAACUGCAACGGCCCGGAUAUAAAGGGCCAUGUGAGACGAGGCACCAAUAGCAUGUCGGGGAGGGCAGAGCUGGGUGCUGUCGGCCAGCUCCAGGCAGAGAUGCUGCAUUUGGAACUGAUCGACGGCGCUGACGGUUACCGCGGUGACAAAGAGUCCUCAAAGGCGUCUGCCAUCGCACCCCUGCCGGUCACCAAGGACCCUGUAGCACCUGUUACCAUGGAUACCUACAGACCCAAGAGACCCACGACCCUUAACCUCUUCCCGAUCGUGCCGCGCACACAGGACACAUUAAACAACAACUCCCUCGGGAAGAAGUACAGUUGGCAGGAGAAGGUCUCAGGCUCGUCCUCGCCUCUGAAAACAGGUGAGCUCACCCCUCCACGUGAGCACAGCUGCCUGAGUGACGAGGACAAGGUGCAGGGCGGGGGAGCGCAGACCAAAGACCGCGGGACUUCCACUGACGCCCCCUGCAGACACAGCCACACCUCUGGACACUCGCACGGCUCAUCUACAACAGCUGCCACUCGCUCCAAGCUUCAGGAGAAGCCGCCUGCUCCACCCCCACCGCAGAACUAUACACCAGCUCCUCUAUACCCGGCGGGGAAGGCGGAUGGAGGCGGGAACCACCGGGAGAGGAUCCGCUACCACACGGACGUUCAUCUAGAGCCCACGGAGGAGAUCUAUCUGACACCUGUGCAGCGCUCCGCUGACCCCCUAGACCCCCCCAACGCGCAGGACCGGCCUUUCCUCUCGCAGCAGACUGAGCAGGGCCGCAUGUCCAUCAGCUCCGACACAGAAGGCCCACCACCAUACCAGCCCCUCCCAGACCGGACAAACCCUUCCAUCUAUGAGGAGGACGAGGUCUAUGUCCCCCCACCUUCAUAUGCUUCCUGUGUAGAGUCCCUCAUCACGCCACCCAGCAUGGCUCGCUCCUCCCUCACGCUGGACCUCAGCCAGAAGGGGGCAGGGACGGGGGCGGGGGUCAUGCUGAGACCCGGGUCAUCAGUGGAGUACGUGGACGCCACAGAUGAAAGCUACUGUGGGGAGGACGAGGACGUGGACAGGAUAAUAAUGGACGGAAGGAUGAGAAAGGGGGGAGGAAAUGGGGAUGGCGGCAGCAGCAGAGUCCCAGUAAGGACUUCCAUGAGCUCGGAGGCCAGCGGCCUUUCGUAUGACUCCGUCAAAUACACGCUGGUGGUGGACGAGCACGCUCAGCUAGAGCUGGUCAGUCUGCGGCAGUGUUACCAAGGCUACAGUGACGACAGUGACUCAGCCACCGUCUACGACAACUGCGUCUCUUCCCCCUACGAGUCGGCCAUUGGGGAGGAGUACGAGGAGGAAGAUGAGGAGGAUGAGGACGGCGUUCAGAUAGGAGGAGUGAGGAGAGAGGCCACAGCUUGUCUGUCUGAAGACUCCACUCCGGAGGUCGACCUGCACUUCUCCAAGAAGUUCCUCAACGUCUUCAUGAACGGACGCUCCCGCUCCUCCAGUGCAGAGUCCUUUGGCUUAUACUCUUGUGUCAUAAAUGGAGAGGAGAGGGAUCAGAGCCACAGAGCCGUCUACAGGUUUGUCCCACGCCAUGACGACGAGUUGGAGCUGGAGGUGGAUGAUCCGUUGCUGGUGGAGGUCCAGUCAGAGGAUUACUGGUAUGAAGGCUACAACAUGCGAACUGGUGCCCGUGGGAUCUUCCCAGCUUAUUACGCCAUAGAAGUGAGCAAGGACACAGAGACUUACAAAGUGAAGAGCAGUGAAUGGAUGGACAGAUACAGGCUCAAGUUCUUGGGAUCAGUUCAAGUCCCCUUCCACAAAGGAAACGACGUUCUGUGUGCAGCUAUGCAGAAGAUUGCCACCAACAGAAGGAUGACAGUCAAGUACAACCCGCCUUCCUCCUGCAUCCUGGAGAUCAGUGUGAAAGGCAUCAAGCUUGCAGUUCAAGAGGAUUAUUAUGCCUGUGACAGAAGUAACGAGUGCAGUCACUUCUUCCAGUUAAAGAACGUCUCCUUCUGCGGCUAUCACCCCAAAAACAGCAAGUAUUUUGGUUUCAUUACGAAGCACCCAGCGGACCAGAGAUUUGCCUGCCAUGUGUUUGUGUCUGAAGACUCCACUAAACCUCUUGCAGAGUCAGUAGGGAAAGCCUUCCAAUUGUACUAUAAAGAGUUUGUGGAGUUCUCGUGCCCCACAGAGGACAUCUACCUGGAAUAGCCCUGACCUGCCUUCAACCACAGCCCUGUACAGUACACUGUAUCAUAGCAUAAUGUUGCAUGAAGGACAGACAUAUCUAAAAUAAAAAAGAAGAAGAAAAAUUAAAAAACUAACACAUCUGACAAAAAAAGCAGGAAAAGAAGGAUCAUGUUUUGGAACUGUGGUGAAACUUCUGUGCAGCAAGAAGAGAUGAAAAUGAGCCAAAGGAGGAGUAUCUCGAGGGAAGAAAUAUGCAAAAUGGAGUCAGUGAUGAGGUGGUGACCGCAGGCUGUCAGUGGAAAGCACAAACAUUUUAUCACCGCAGCCUUGGCAGCACUAAUUAGCCUGUAGCGUCAUCUCAGCAGGUGCAACACUGAAAGCCCCAGAGUCGUACUAGACUGCAUCAGCUUGUUUUUGCACUUGACAAAAAAAAAAAAAAAAAAAAAAAAACCAGCAGCUGAGAUUUGGAAAAAUUUCCACAUGAUGAGUUUGCUUCGACUUUAAACAUUUAGGGUCUGAGCACAAGGCGGGUGUAUAUUUACUGAAUAAAAUCCUCACACUGAAAAUGUACACUAAGCGAUAAAAAUCCAUGUAGGUACAGAGACCUUUAUCCUCGUAGCACACCAGGUGUGAAGGUGAUAUCCACAUUGUUUAGUGGCAACAAGAAAACACCCGAAAACACUGUUAGUAAAGCAGCUACAGGUGAUGUUCUGUGCAUUUUGGGGUCACUUUUAGAUGUUUGGUGAAGAAUGUAGACAAUUUCAUCAGCUGUUUGACAGCAUAAAAAUUGUGUAACUUUUGGAGCAUCACCUGAAAACAACAGGUUUUGGUGUCCCUAAGGCUCUCUACACAUGGUCUGCAGUAUGAGCUGUGCACACAGCAAUGUGGGGCUCAGAGUCAGGUGCACCAAUGUGUGCAAAGUAGCAGGAAGACAGUGUAUUUCAGUUUAACACAAAGAUGGGUAAGAGCCUGAUUAGAGCUGAAACGAUUAGUCAAAUUCUAGAUAAGGCGAUCCACAAAGUUAGUCAGCAAUCUUUGUGUUACCCAGUUAAUCAUCGCCGUAUUUUUUAAGCAAAAAUGUUAAAAGAAAAUCUCUGGUUUCAGCUUCUCAAAUUUUAUUUUUUGCUGGUUUUCUUGGUCUUAUCUGAUUUUAAACCUAAUAUUUUGGGCACAUUUGGAUAAAAACAACAAUUUCAAUGUGUCAACUUAGGCUUUGGGAAAUUGUGAUUGCCAUUUUUACUUUUUUCAGACAAAUAAUUCAUUGAUAAUGAAAAUAGUUAGUUAAAGCCUUACACCCAAUGAUCAGGAAGGGUUUAGGUACAUUAAAGUUUUUAUUCCUUCAUGGGUCACUCUAAAACAAGGUCAACAUUGUAAGUGACUGAUUGGAGGUGUAACCUACACGUGGUGUACAACGCCCAAGGUAGCACAGCUUCGAGGUGUGUUUAUUUUCUCCAUUGGCAAACAGUAACCGUGCAAUUAAUCAAUUAUCUGCUGCAGAUCAUGUGUGGAGGUCCUUGUGCUGUGUUCACACUACAAGACACAGAGACAGUGUGCCUGACUACAUUAUCGCCAAGUUGUCAUUUAAGUGUUGUUCAAGAGCUCAUUAACACGGUUGUCACCACAGGCUUGUGUGUGCUACUUGGCACAAAGCGCUUCAACUAAACAUACUCUAAAGUUUGUAUUUGGACAUAAAAUGUCUAUUCUUGUAAUCAGUGUCUGAGCCCCAUUUUUACAUCACAUUUCGCCGCUCCAUGCAUCCAUGUGUGCUUGUGUCUCGUCUCUUGUAACUAAGCUAGAUGACAUAGCAUUCUGGGAAAUGUAGGCAAUUACUAAUUGGAGUAAAAUGAGAAAAAGCAGGGUAGACAACACUGAAUCCCAAAUAUCUCCUGAAAUGCACUCAGCAUCACUUGUCUGUGAUUUAGGGAAAAAAAAAACAGUGUGAGGUGUUUAAGUGUGGAUUUUUCCUUUCAAACUGUUUAGCAGCUUCUACUGGUACUUCAGUGCUAUGCGAAAUAGCCCCCACAAUUUGCCUAGUAAAGCCUUUAGCCCUCAGUUCCUAGUCUGUGUGUUCUAACUAGGUAAAAAAUCAGUGACGUCAAUGUUAAAUCAGAGGGGGAAAACAUCAGGCUAGGCUUUUCGGUGGUUCAAGACGAGGUACGACAUAUAGGAUUCUCUUUCAUGUGGUGUUCUAGAAACUUGCUCCCCAUAGUUUCCACAUCAGAAAUACUCCAUGCUCUCAGUGUGGCAGUGGUAAGGUAAUAAGGCUGAUCCUCCCUGCAGUAGGUACAGGUGCUGACAAGGGAGCAAAAGCAAAACUCUGGUGUCUUCAUAACUUCACUAGUAGUGCCUCUUUUUCAUCAGAUCAUUGUGACCUUCCUCAGUUAACACUAUCACAUUUUAAGGGAUUGCCAUUGAGUGCGUGUUGAGUGUAGUUUGAAUGCAAAUGGUGAUGGAGGAAUAUGUUUGAUGUGACUUGAGCUUUUUUUUCCCCACUGCAAUAAAUGUGCUGUACCUAUGCUGUCACGGGUCGUAUUUCAGAACACUGAAAUUGUGCUGACAAUGAGCCUUUAUGUCAAUUUCCCCAAGUAAGAAGUUAAACUGAAGAGAGAGAGAGAUUCAACCAAAACCAAGAAGAUUCUCUAGUAAACGUGACACACUUACAUAGGAGGUAAAUAUACACAUGUGCUAAGUCUAUUCUGUUAUAAUACAUCCAUGUAAAUAAGUAUUUCACUGCAGGAAAGGUGGUCUUUUCAUAAAACUGGGCUGUCUGUGCAGUAGAAAGAUGCAGAUACUUUUGAAGUUGGUGCUACAGACCAGAGAAAACAGGAAAUCCAUCUCUCAGAGCUGAUCAGCUCAGACUGGGUCAACCGAUUAAUAUCCAACCCCACAGCUCGUACUCCACAAACUGCUGCUGAGGUAAAAUAAACUCCAAAAACCUGUGCUGCGUUCACAGACCUGCAAAAACCUCCAAAUUCAAAGAGGGGGCAGAAUGAUACAAACAGACGCACCCACGGUUCAAGAUUCUCGAUUAAUGUAAAAAUCAAUAUCAGACAAAAUAAACUAAAGCUGUCUAUCUUUGGAUUGAAAGUUAGUUAUCAUUAUGUGUUCUGAACAGGGGCUCAAAGGAUUACCACUCUUUUGUUUUUUAAAUCAUCCUGACUAUAGCACGGGCACAGCACAGAUGUACUGCAGUGGAAAAACUCACAGAAAGGGUGCUUCCUGCAUCACUUACCACUAACACUAAUUUGUAACAGAUUAUUUUGUGUGAUCUAUAUUUAACAGAAGAAGAAAUAUCUGUAAAGGAAAGAUGAAUUAAUGAAGGAUGCGAAAAUUGUCGAUUCAGCCAUCUCCCCAGUCCCCACUGUUUGUUCCUUUCAACAACAACAACAAAAAUCAGAAAUCUGAACAAAGUAAAUGAGUCGUCUGCUGUUGCUGAUCAAAGCCAUCAUGUUCCCAUCGAGAGAUCAACACUGACUUUUAUAUGAGUUCCCUUCUCAAGAGCCAAUCAGGCAGACUGAAGAAAAUGUACUGUAGUGGGGGCUAUACAAAGGGUGUAUAGACAUGCCAUAUAUAAAUAAAUAAUUUAAUAUCUGUAAUUAUAAAUAUUACGUUGUAUUGAUUCAACAUGUAGUAUGUGAAAUUUCUCUUUAUUUUGGAAUUUUUUUAGGUGUGAACUAUUCUUUAUUUAAAAAUUUUA